AUGAAGGCCGGAAAGAGUGGGCACCGAAUCUACGUGGGGAACAUCCCCGGGUCGAUGAGCAAGCAGGAAAUCAUUAAGGCAUUUGAAGAGUUCGGGAAGAUAACCGAAAUUGAUAUCAAGUACAACCGAAACACCAACGGAACGAAUUACGCCUUCAUAGAAUAUGAAAGUUACAAAAGUGCAGAAAAAACGAUUGAAAAUAAAAAUGGGCAGAAGCUCAAGGGCUACAUGCUUAAGGUAGAAUAUAGCAUAGAUAAGAAGAACAAGGAAGGGGGGGAUUUGAUUGCUCUUGGGGGGAGAGAAGCCGUUUCAAAGGGACUCUUGACGAACGUUCGGUUGCCAAAGAACAGAUCCCAUUACCGAGUGGUCGUAAAGAACUUCCCCAGGAAAAAAAUAAAGCUAGAUGGUAUUAAGACCUUUCUUAUGAAGGCAGGCAAAGUUAUUUACACCCAAUUGGAAGAUGAAAUUACCAUUGCAGAGUAUGACUGUCGGGAAGGGAUGCUACGCGCGGUUAACACUUUAGAUCGAACGAUGUUUAACUCUACGAGGAAGGUUUACGUUCGGGUUCUUAAGGACCUGCCGUAUGACGACUCGGAUGCGGAUGACUCCGCGCAGGGGUGCCGCUAG